AUGAAUAAAAUUGAAAACAAGAUCUUAUCUGUCCCUGUAAUUUUUAAUAAAGAUGAAUCCUUGUCCAAUGAUGGACAAUAUGAGUUAUUCUUAUUGGAAUUCCAAGGUUCACUUUCAGUAUCUAGACUGAAUGAAGAUGGUACUUUAGAAUCUAGCAUAUAUACACAAAAACUAGAUGGUAAUAUAAUGGGGAAAGUCGUAGAUUACUUUAAUAUCAAAAAAAUGGCUACGAAAUCCCACAGUUCAUGGUUAGAGUAUACAUUUACUAAUAAUAACUGCUUCGAGAUACAUAUUGGCUUUCAUAAACUACAAGGAAAGGUGGAGAAACUUAAGAAACCUCUUGCACUAUUAGGGAAUUGUACUGACAGUAAGUUAAUUCAAGACUUACUUCCCUUAAGGAUAUAUGGGACAAUACACUACAAAAUUAUUUUUGAUAAAAGGCCACACAUAAAUAUAUAG